GCGGGGCCAGCAGGGGGACCUGCUGCUGCGAGAGCAGCGGCCCGAGCCGGGGCCAUGGCGAAGCUGCUGAGCUGCGUCCUUGGCCCCCGGCUCUACAAAAUCUACCGGGAAAGGGACUCUGAAAGGGCCCCGUCCAGCGUCUCUGAGACUCCAACUUCAGUCACUACCCCCCAUUCCAGCUCCUGGGAUACGUACUAUCAGCCCCGGGCCCUGGAGAAACAUGCCGAUAGCAUCCUGGCCCUGGCUUCAGUCUUCUGGUCCAUCUCUUACUACUCUUCUCCCUUCGCCUUCUUCUACUUAUACAGGAAAGGUUACUUGAGUCUGUCCAAAGUGGUGCCAUUUUCUCACUAUGCUGGGACAUUGUUACUUCUGCUGGCAGGUGUGGCCUGCCUCCGAGGCAUCGGCCGCUGGACCAACCCCCAGUACCGGCAGUUCAUCACCAUUUUGGAGGCCACACAUAGGAACCAGUCUGUAGAAAACAAGAGGCAGCUCGCCAACUACAACUUCGACUUCAGGAGCUGGCCCGUUGACUUCCACUGGGAAGAACCCAGCAGCCGGAAGGAGUCCCGAGGGGGCCCUUCCCGCCGGGGCGUGGCCCUGCUCCGCCCAGAGCCCCUGCACCGGGGGACAGCAGACACCCUCCUCAACCGGGUCAAGAAGCUGCCUUGUCAGAUCACCAGCUUCCUGGUGGCACACACCCUCGGGCGCCGGAUGCUGUACCCGGGCUCUGUGUACCUGCUCCAGAAGGCCCUCAUGCCUGUGCUGCUGCAGGGCCAGGCCCGGCUGGUGGAAGAGUGUAAUGGGCGCCGGGCAAAGCUGCUGGCCUGUGAUGGCAAUGAGAUUGACACCAUGUUUGUGGACCGGCGGGGGACAGCUGAGCCCCAGGGACAGAAGCUGGUGAUCUGCUGUGAGGGGAACGCGGGCUUCUAUGAGGUGGGCUGCGUCUCCACACCUCUGGACGCUGGAUAUUCAGUCCUGGGCUGGAAUCAUCCAGGCUUUGCCGGAAGCACGGGGGUGCCAUUCCCACAGAAUGAGGCCAAUGCCAUGGACGUGGUGGUCCAGUUUGCCGUCCACCGUCUGGGCUUCCAGCCCCAGGACAUCAUCAUCUACGCCUGGUCCAUCGGUGGCUUCACCGCCACGUGGGCAGCCAUGUCCUACCCAGACAUCAGUGCCGUGAUCCUGGAUGCCUCCUUUGAUGACCUCGUGCCGUUGGCCUUGAAGGUCAUGCCAGAUAGCUGGAGGGGCCUGGUGACCAGGACCGUGAGGCAGCACCUCAAUCUAAACAACGCGGAACAGCUGUGCAGGUACCAGGGCCCUGUACUGCUGAUCCGCAGAACCAAGGAUGAGAUCAUCACCACCACGGUUCCUGAGGACAUCAUGUCUAACCGAGGCAAUGACCUCCUGCUGAAGCUCCUGCAGCAUCGGUAUCCCCGUGUGAUGGCAGAAGAGGGCCUGCGAGUGGUGAGGCAGUGGCUGGAGGCUUCCUCACAGCUGGAGGAAGCUUCAAUUUACAGCCGAUGGGAGGUGGAGGAAGACUGGUGUCUGUCUGUCCUCCGCUCCUACCAGGCUGAACACGGGCCAGACUUCCCCUGGAGUGUGGGGGAGGACAUGAGUGCAGACGGAAGGCGGCAGCUGGCUUUGUUUCUGGCUCAGAAGCACUUGCACAACUUCGAGGCCACACACUGCACCCCACUCCCGGUCCAGAACUUCCAGAUGCCCUGGCACCUCUAGGGACCACACUGGGACUCAUUCUGGAAGAAUGGGAUGGGAAGAGACAUGAGGAAGGAUCCUCUUGUGAUUCUGUGUUCAUGUUGCUGUUUAUAGUUUGUGGAAAGGGGGGGCUAUCCCCCUUUUCACUGUACCUCUUGCACGUUCCCCUCAUCGAUCUGGCAGUACUUAACCUCCCCCUGGGACACACCCUGCAUUAAAUGAGUAGAUUAUUCCUAAUAAUUAAUAAAAAGGUAUUUUUUCUACU